AUGAAACCAAUAUCAAAAAAUAAUAAAUCCUCUCAUUUAAAAACAAUUGUCAAGAAUUAUCAAAAACCAUGUCCUCCUCGCCAAACUAAAUUUCUAGAUUUUAGUGAGGUUCUUAAGAACCCUCCGGUCGAAGGAAAUGCAAGACUUAAAAAAAGAGGAACAGCAACUAAACCGAUUGUUAUCCAAGACACAUUCGAGUUACAACAAAUUAGAGCGCAACAACAACAAAAAGCAAAAAUGGAGGCUGAAAAAAGGCUUAAGCCAAAUGUUAAAAAUCUCUACAAAAAAGUGUUGUCUUGGGACUUAAAUUCAUCUGGCGAUUUCCCUCCUAAUAUGGACAAAAGAAAAUUCAAGGAUAUACCUGAUAUAUUUAAAUCUACUGAAGAAUACUUGAAUAUAUUUCAACCAUUAUUGAUAUUGGAAUGUUGGCAGAAUUUUCUCAAUGCAAAAGAUGAAAUGGAUGAAAAUGAUUCGUUUACUUUUGUUGUUGAUACCUAUUUAGCUAAUGAUAUCAAGGAAAUUCGACGUGAAUUAAUAUCAUCAAGUAGAUGGAAAGUCAUAAAAGUGUCAAGUUUAACACCUGCUGUACGUGAAUAUUCUGCUUUAAUUGGGUUACCAUAUUAUCACUGGCGUGAUUUCAUUUUGAACCCAAAAAAAUUAACAUCAAUGCUUAAAGUGCCAUCUGGCAACAUAAAUAAAUAUAUGGAGAAUUAUCAUAUUAAUAUAUCACAAGCUGAGGCAGUUUGGAAAGUUGUAAAUCAAGAAAAAGGGAUUACACUUAUUCAAGGACCACCAGGAACAGGAAAGACCUCAACAAUUGUUAGUAUGGUUAGUGAAUUAAGAAAUAUUUCUAGAAACUUCAAAUCUCGUGUUCUGGUUUGCGCUCCAAGUAAUGCGGCAGUAGAUGAAUUGGAAAAACGAUUUAAACAAGGUAUAAACAAUAGACGGGGCGAUUUGAUCCAAACUAAAUCAAUGAAUGAUGAUGUCUCUCAAUUGUCUUCUUUGAAAGCAAAAUCAAAUCGUUUGAAAGAUGAGAAAAAAUACAUUAGUGAUGAGUUGACAAAAUUAAUUGCUACAAACAGUAAAUCAGAAAAAUAUGAUAUAUAUAGAACUUGGACUAGCAAAGAAGAUUUGUAUGAUGCAGAUAUUGUAUGUGCUACAUUGGCUGGAAGUGGCCAUGAAAGACUUUUGAAUAUGGCCAAUGACUUUGAGACUGUGAUAAUUGAUGAAGCAGCACAAUCAAUUGAAUUAUCUAGUUUAAUUCCAUUAAAGUACAAUCCUAAAAGAUGCGUAAUAAUUGGAGAUCCUAAUCAAUUGCCUCCAACAGUUCUUUCUCAAAAAGCAACAGAAUUCUCAUAUGACCAAAGUCUCUUUCUUAGAUUUCAAAAGCUUGUGCCUGAAUGUAUACAUCUUUUAAAUACACAAUAUAGAAUGCAUCCUGAUAUAAGUAAAUUUCCUAGUGACUUGUUCUAUAAUUCUGAACUAAAAGACGCAGAUGACUUAUCUGAAAAAAAAACACAGCCAUGGCAUGGAAACAAAUUUUUUGGCCCUUAUAGAUUCUUUGAUAUACAAGGCUCAAUGGGAUAUGAUAAAAGUUCAAUAUAUAAUAGAAAAGAAGCUCACAUUAUAUUACAAUUAUUUAAUAUGUUGGUCAAAGAAUAUCCAGGUGUUGAUUUUAAGGGAAAGGUAGGUAUUAUUUCUCCAUACAAACGACAAGUAUCUGAGCUCAAGAGACUUUUUAAAUCAAGACUUCCACAUGACUCAUAUUUAUCAAUAGAUUUUAAUACUGUUGAUGGUUUUCAAGGGAGAGAAAAGGAUAUUAUAAUAUUAUCAUGUGUUCGUGCUGGCGAUGCAAAAAGUAUAGGAUUUUUAAAAGACUUGAGAAGAAUGAAUGUUUCAUUAACACGAGCCAAAAGUUCAUUAUUUAUUGUUGGAGAUUCAAAAUCUUUAGAAACUAAUGAAAACUGGAACAAACUAGUUUUAGAUGCGAAGGAGAGAAAUUUAUUUACAAAUUGCUCAGAUAUCGAAUAUUGUAAUUUUUUUAAUUUAUUUGGUGGAGUUGGUGGUACUAGUGCAACAGAAACUACAAUGCAAGCAACAUCACCGUCGUCGACAACAAUAUCAUUACCAACUUUUUCUUCAUCAAAAAGAUUUUCAACAAGUUUCUCUUAUAAACAAUUUUAUCAAAAAAUUUUAAAAUCUAAAAUGGCAAGUACAGAUGACAAACAAUCAAAAAUACUUACCUAUGAAACAAUUAAUUCUCACGUUAGGAAGGCAGAAUAUGCUGUUCGUGGAGAAUUAGCAAUUCGUGCUGAUAAUAUUAAACAAGAAUUAUCCAAAAAAUCCAAUAGAUAUGAUUUCAGUGAAAUUGUUAUUUCUUUGUUGGAAUACCCUACUCUUUUAUUACCAGAAAAUUGGAAUAUAGCUAAGCAAUUGUAUCCUUUGGACGCAAUCGAACGAGCAAAAUUAUUAUCAAAACAUAUAAAAAGUGUAGGCGCCUACUCUCAUUCUCAAGGUGUAUUACACAUAAGACAAAAUGUCGCUAAAUUUAUAGAAGAGCGUGAUGGAUAUCCAACAGAUCCAAAUAACAUUUUCCUUACUCAAGGCGCAUCUAUAGCGAUUCAACAUGUACUUCAGCUUAUAAUAUCAAAUGAUAAUGUCGGUAUUAUGAUUCCUAUUCCUCAAUAUCCACUCUAUACUGCCACACUAUCAUUAUUUAAUGGUAAUCCAGUCCCUUACUAUUUGGAUGAAGAUAAUGGUUGGAAGUUAGACAUCAAAGAGUUAGAUGAAUCAUUCGUAGAAGCCAAGAAAAAAGGAUUAGAUGUUAGAGCACUUGUGAUAAUAAAUCCUGGCAAUCCAACGGGUCAAUGUCUUUCUGAGGAUAACAUUAAAGAAAUCAUCGAGUUUUGUCAUAGUAAAAGAAUAGUUAUUUUGGCUGAUGAAGUCUACCAGGCAAACAUCUAUCAACCUGCCGAAAGACCAUUCCGAUCUUUCAAAAAAGUUCUCAAAUCAAUGGGAAAAGAUUAUGAAAAUUUUGAAUUGUUUUCUUUCCACUCUAUCUCAAAAGGUGUUAUUGGUGAGUGUGGUAAACGUGGUGGAUAUUAUGAAUGUACUGGCAUCAAUAAAAAUGUGAUUGAUCAACUUUACAAGGUUGCUUCUAUUAGUCUUUGUCCGAAUAUUAGUGGUCAGAUUAUGGUGGAUUUGAUGGUUAAUCCCCCAAAGAUAGGUGAUGAAAGCUAUCCGACGUAUAAACAAGAAACAGAAGCUAUUUACGAAAGUUUGAAAAGGCGUAGUCAAAAAUUGUGUGAUUUGUUUAAUAAAUUAGAAGGUGUAACGUGUAAUAGUGCUCAGGGAUCGAUGUAUCUUUUCCCAAGAAUUAAACUUCCACCAAAAGCAAUAAAGAUGGCAAAAGAAUUGGGUAAACAACCUGAUGAACUUUAUUGUUUUGAGAUGCUUGAGGCAACAGGUGUCUGUGUAAUACCUGGCAACGGUUUUAGACAAAAAGAGGACACUUGGCAUUUUCGUAGUACUUUUCUUCCACCAGAAGAAUUGUUUGAUGGAUUUUGUAAAAAAUUAGAAGAAUUUCAUAAAUCAUUUCUUUUAAAAUAUAGUG